ACACUGGGCUCACCGUUUGUCCCGUUUUAUCGUAAUUUAAAAAAAAAAGUUACCCAGGAUGGAGUCGAAGCGAGACAAAGACCAGCAGGAUGUGGACUGCGAGAAGAUAACUGCAGUGCUGCUCAAGUCGCGUACAGGAGAGUUUGAUUUGGAAUCGAUAUUGUUUCUCAAACUGAGAGGCCUUGGUAUACAUGACCUGGGAUGCAUUGGAGAAUGUAUAAAUCUGGAGAGACUGGACCUAUCUGCGAAUAACAUCUCAAAUUUAGCUCCUCUAGCUACUCUUCGGCUUCUUUCUGUGCUAAAUUUGUCUUCGAACAAGAUCUCCAAUUUAGAACCUCUUCGUAGUUGCGAAAAUUUACAGAACCUAAAUGUUGCUGGUAAUAUCAUUUCCAGUAUCGAGAACCUACAUUGCCUUGUCUCUCUGCGAAAGCUGGAAAAUAUCCGUCUGAAAGACAACACACACAAUUACAGCAACUCAGUGUGCAGGAGUUCAUCAUAUAGAACUGCAGUGCUUGAGAUGUUCCCCAACAUCAAAGUUCUGGAUGGAGAAAGAGUUGUAGGGAGAGGAAGUGACUUGUACCAGCUAUGCAAAGACAUUGAUGACACUAUUAAAGCUGGUUCGUACAAGAAUGGGCAGCUCGUGGAACACCCCAAUUGUAAGCCAUGGGUGGAAGAUAGUUACUGGGAGAUAAAGAGGUCAAACAACGCCAUCAUUGAAGAAGCCUACAAGCAGUUUAACGAUGUUCUUCAUGAAUGCAGACUCCUCAACAACAGAGCCACGCACGUUAUUUCACAAACAGAAAAAUCUAUGAGCUUGAAGAAGCAGCCAAAGCAAUAUGCAAUCUAAGCUGGGCUAUUUUGGACACUUUAGUGUCUGAUGUUUUGCUGCUUUAUUUAUUUAUUUAUGUAUUUUUGCAGUGUAGCAAUGCUGACUUACUGUAGCUUUUUUAAAAUAACCGUGCUAUAUCCAAAUGCUUGAUGAAUAGCAUUGCCUGAUACACUUGCUCUUCACUGCAGUGUAAGAAACCUGCUGUAACUGUGUGCAUUCUAUGCGUUGGUUAUCAGAAACCACACGAUGGGGUUAGAAACAUUCAUCCAUACUGAUAUCCUUCAGUUUGGUUAUUAACUUGCACAAUGUGCAUUUUAAAUGCUGUAGCCUGCAAUUAUGCUCAAAGCUUUGCUGCAUUAAAGAUUUUUUUUACAUGUUGAUUCCCCCCCCC